GAGGGAACCCUGUCACGAAACUACGGCACCAGCGUGGCCCGGUACAGCCCAGUACAGCCUGAUACAACAUCAGCAUAGCCCGGUUCACCUGCAUACAGCCAGGGCUGGAGCAUGGUGCAGAUCGUCAUCUCCAGCGGGGGUGCCGGUGGGUUGCCACAGUGGGUGCUGGUGGAGCUGCAGGGCGAGGUGGAGCCACGGCAGAGCGGGGGUCUGGCAGGCAGCCUCCUGGGGGACCUGCACUACACCCGGGAGGGGGUACCCGUGCUCAUCGUGGGCCACCACAUCCUCUACGGGAAGGUGGUGCAGCUGGAGAAGCCUUUUGCUGUCCUGGUGAAGCGGGGAGCUGGUGAGGCUGGCCCAGAGGGGCUGCCUGCCUGCUACACCGUCACCGCCCUCAUCAAAACCAAACUCCUCUUCAAAACCCGCCCCAAGCCCAUCAUCACCAACGUGCCCAAGAAAGUGUGAGGACUCAGGGGUGGGCGAUGAUGAGCUCCAGUGAGAUCUAGAUGUGGCCCUGGCCUCACCCACACCUUGGCCGGAGGACUCCAGGGCCAGCAUGGGGUGUUGGGUCCUUUGUCCAGGCACCCAGAGCCCUUUCUCCGUCACUAUCCCCGUGGGAUAAUUUUGAGAACUGCUGAGCUCUGCAGCAGAAUCCUAGCUGCUAUCCCAGGCAAGAAGGGUCCUGAUGGGCUGGGAAUUUCCUUAAAUCUCCAGAUUUGGUAAUUCCCUGUUCUCUCCCCAUUCACCUGCCCACCCACUGCUGCUGGCACACCAGUUUUUCCUCCCUGCCACUGUAUUUUCCCCUCUAAAACAGCCCCCUUGGUAUCACAGGGACCAUGGCAAACUCCCUCUCCCCUACGCACCACCCUUUCUCUGUGCAAGUCUUUUAUUAUUGUUUUUAUUUUUAUUUUUACAAACCUGAAUAUAAAAAAACAACC